AGACUGAAGUCAGACUCAGACGUAGCACACUGUAAAAAAUCUUACUGGCAGGUGUUGACAUAUAUUUUACAUUUAAUCUGACUCAGAAAUGUCUUCUUCCACUUACAACGAACCAAACCAAGUUGGCCUAACACACCUUCUCACAUGGUGAUACCACCUUGACCUAACAAGAAUUAUAACACCCUAAUAUCAAAGAUUUCCCAGUUGGUAUUUCUAUCCCACAGACAUGCGCGUUGCAAGGCUCUGUGGGGUUUCCGUACCUCUGCGCAGGGGCAAAUUUAAGGUGGAACGUACCUGGUCAUGACCAAGAACUUCAACGAUUGCCUUGCUGGUAAUAGUGAUUGUCUUUUAUGGGAAGUGGAGAAAAGGAUCACAGAGGCUUAUAGACAUCAGCUCAUAGAAAAUGGAAAAGUCCACUGGAGCCAUAAAGCCAAACAGAUAAGCGGAAAACAGAGCCAGACAAGGAUCACUUCAGACACGGACAGGACAGACACAGACAUGGACGGGUUUUAUCCACACUUCACCGUGAGGACACUCUUCAGUUUUCUGCUUCUGAUUCUUCUUCAAAUGUCCACUACUGAGGCUCAAGCCUUAAUCUGUACUCCUCCUACUGGUGACGUGAAGUUUGACGAAAACAAGGUCGGUGUAGUGGCAACUAUCCUAGUUGAACCAAAUGUGACUCUUUCAUUCACACCUCCGGUAAACGACAACAACCCAUUCGGCCUCAGUGGUUCCAAUCUAACAGUUGUAAGGUCGCUUGACUAUGAGACUGAAACAGUUCAUGUAGUCGAGAUCACCUGCACUUCUGCAGCCACAAGCCAAACGUUGGACAUUAUGGUUGUUGUAGGGGUGGUCAAUCUAAAUGAUAACAGUCCAGUCUUUGCUGAAAACCCUUACAAUGUUAAUUUCACUGAGUUGUCUCCUGUAGGCACAGCCUUGGGUACCUUUGCUGCCGAAGACAAAGAUGGGCAACAACUUCAAUACAAACUCACGCCUGCAUCUAGUCCUUUUAAACUGUCGUCACCUAUAAGUCCAGUUAUCGUUGUUGAGACGUCUCUCGACUACGACAAAAUCAAACAUGUCAAAUUGAUAUUAACUGCUGAGGACACACUAAUAGCCGCCCGCACUGGCCCUCCGUACACUGCCACUACGACCAUUAAUGUCAACAUCAUAGACGCGGACAACAGGCCGCCAUGGUUUCAGCCCUGCACCCAGUAUGAGUAUGCGGGGGGUUUGGUCUGUCAGAGCUCUGGCUACACCGGCAAAGUCGACUUGAAUGAACAAGUGGCUGGAGUAUUACCGCUGAAACCAGGACCACUUUACGCCAUCGAUGGAGACUUUGGGAUAAACCAGAAAAUUUUGUAUUCCUUCCUGACCGGAAGUGAUCUGUUUAAAAUCAACGAAAACUCUGGGAACAUCACCAUGGUGAAGCCAGCCGAUGUGCUGGGGCCGAUCAGUCUGACAGUGCUGGCUACUCAGAGGGACAAUAACAAGUUUACCACCACCACUGUCACAAUCAGUGUUCAAGUGAAGAGUCUUCAUCCUCCAAAGUUUCAGAAGUCUCAGUAUGAAGGGAUCAUCAGUGCAGUGGGAAAAAUGGCAAUGGACCCAAAUAACAAGGACCAGCCACUGAUCAUCCUCGCAACAGAUGAUGACUAUGCUGGCACUGAGGGUCGAAAUCCACACAUCAAAUACUCUGUUAAGGAUAACAGUGAUUUCUCCAUCAUUGACGGCUAUUUAUUCAUGAUUAAGGAUCUUCCAGAGGGCCCAUUAUCUCUGACAUUGGUGGCAAUAGACACAAGUAACGAUGAAUCAGAUACAGCUCCGAUCUCAGUGGAAGUGAUUUCAGGUCUCAACACCACCACUGUGUCUAUGAGCACAGAAGCAACGACCAUAGGGGAAUCCACAACCGACAGCAUGACCACCGAAGAUAUCGUGUCCACCACCAACCCAAGUACUGCCGCAAGCACAACCAGUGAGCCAGGAACCGUCUCUACUGCCAGCACACCUCACAUUAACACAGUGCCAUCAGGUAGCUUCGGGUCGACGGACAUGGCAAUACUCGGUGCAACCUUGGGUGUCUUGCUGUUCAUCUGUCUGGUGGUCAUUGGAGUACUCGCCUGUCAGGUUCGGAGGGGGAAAGCAGAUUGGCAAAAAAUCUACGAAACCAGCAUGUUCCGAAGCUCUCUGGGUCAAGGUUCAGGUGGACAGAAGGAGGGCAUCCAGUACACCAACGAUGCCUUCCAGAAUGAUGAAGAUGGAAACAGCACUGGCUCCGUCGGUCCAGAGGAGGGAAGCCUAACAGCUGGUAGAGAGCCAUGGAAAGCAGCAGUGAACUCAAAGGUCCAUGAGGCCAACUUGAAGUUUUCAGUGCCGCUGCAUGCCGUCCUGCCUGACAACACCAGCGAGAUGGGCUCAGACAAGGACGACAGUGAGAAGGAGGUGAAACCCAUCCUCACCAGAGAGAGACGCAUGGAUGAGGGAUACAAGUCAGUCUGGUUUAAGGAGGACAUUGACCCCAACGCCAAGGAGGAGGUGGUCAUCAUCCCAGACAGCAGAGAGAAUGACAGUGACGAAGAAGAUGAUGAACAGCCAUCCAGCAGCAAAGAGGAGGACGAAGACGACAGCCCAAAGAUAAAAACCAGGAAAGUUGGCUUUAAUGAGACAGAUCUGGACAGUGGCCUCGGGGUGAAGAUGGAGGAUCCAGCAGAUGAUUCAGAGGCUGACGAAAUGUUGACCGAGGAUCUGUAAGAGGUUCCAAAAGAAAAGAUGAGGAAAUAGUGGGAUCCACCCAUAAUAAAAUGAUCUAUCAAUUAUCAGCAGUCAGUCCCGGAACACUUGGCCUUAUCAAUCUAUUCCAGAGGUCAUUGACAGAUCCAGGACUGAACACACCUUAUAGAUAGAUCAUUUUCAAUCAAUGAAUCUGAAUUUAAUUUAUAAGCUUUGCCCUGUGUGUGAAGGUUUAGAUUUUGACUAAAUUGAACCUUUAUUACAUUUAGUCAAUCAAUGUAGAGGAAAUGCAGGAAUGGAUUUUGAGAUAUGUAUGCUUAUUUAUGCGCACUAAAAUCAGACUUGUAUUUUAAACUUAUUAUUAAAACACUGGCUGACAACCAUUAAGGUGAAUUAAGGCAUUACAGCAUAGCUUCAGAGCCGUCAUAUGUCUAUAAACGUGUUUGAUAGUAGUUGUGAAGAUAUAAUCACCAGAAACAGCAGGAGAAGUCAAUUCUUGCUGUACUUAAACACUGUUUUACAGUAAACAUGUUUUGAAACUGUGAGAGGAAAUGUCUAGGGAAAAAAACACUUAAUUUCCCUGAAUUACUGGUAUUUGGGGUUAAUUAUUUACUGGUUGUGUUGAGUAUUCAUUGCUGACAAGCAAUGAGGGAAGAGAGAAACGAACAUUUAUGGUUACUGUCUGUGAUAAUAAAAACCUCCCUAUUGAUACUAAAGACUGUAAAACACUGUGCCCAAAACAAACUCUGAACUUCCAUUAAAUAAUCCACAGCAGUUAUCAGAAAUGUUUAUCAGCAGCAUCACUUAAAAAUGAAUGCUUAUGUUGAACUAAAGAGUUGGUGUUUGAGUCAAAGCAAAAUGAAGAAAACAUGUAUGUUAAUAAUAAAAUCA